GCGCCGACGCAGCGCAAUGACGUAUCCCCGACAUCCCACGUCCAAGAUGGCCGCGGUCGGCAAGGAGAGACGUCGCUGAGGGGCUUACCGGAGGCGAGGAGAUCCUAACAUUUUCAGAGAAUCUUUUGAAAAGAACAAGUCUACUUCAAUAAAUGAAGGAGAAUAAAGAAAAUUCCAGCCCUUCAGUAACCUCAGCAAACCUGGACCACACAAAACCAUGUUGGUACUGGGAUAAGAAAGACUUGGCUCAUACACCCUCUCAGCUAGAAGGACUUGACCCAGCCACUGAGGCCCGGUACCGCCGAGAGGGGGCUCGGUUCAUCUUUGAUGUGGGCACGCGUUUGGGACUACACUAUGAUACCCUGGCAACUGGAAUAAUUUAUUUUCAUCGCUUCUAUAUGUUGCAUUCCUUUAAGCAAUUUCCAAGAUAUGUAACAGGAGCUUGUUGUCUCUUUCUGGCUGGGAAAGUAGAAGAAACACCCAAAAAAUGUAAAGAUAUCAUCAAAACAGCUCAUAGCUUAUUAAAUGAUGUACAAUUUGGCCAGUUUGGAGAUGACCCAAAGGAAGAAGUAAUGGUUCUGGAGAGAAUCUUACUACAGACUAUAAAGUUUGAUUUACAGGUAGAACAUCCAUACCAGUUCCUACUCAAAUAUGCAAAACAACUCAAAGGUGAUAAAAACAAAAUUCAAAAGUUGGUUCAAAUGGCAUGGACAUUUGUAAAUGACAGUCUCUGCACGACCUUGUCACUGCAGUGGGAACCGGAGAUCAUAGCCGUGGCAGUGAUGUAUCUCGCGGGACGUUUGUGCAAAUUUGAAAUACAAGAAUGGACCUCCAAACCCAUGUAUCGGAGAUGGUGGGAGCAGUUUGUGCAAGAUGUCCCUGUGGAUGUUCUGGAAGAUAUCUGCCACCAAAUCCUGGAUCUUUACUCACAAGGAAAACAACAGAUGCCUCAUCACACGCCUCAUCAGCUGCAUCAGCCCCCAUCGCUCAACCCCACACCACAAGUGCCACCAGUGCCACCGUCACAGUCGGCUCCAGGCCCUGAACCACCGCAGCCCCCACAGAAGGACCCGCAGCCAUCAACCCAGCCGCCACCACCGCCACAGCAAGUCCAGCAGCCCAAGAAACUGUCCCCACAGCCUAGUCCCCCCCGCCAGGUGAAGCGCGCCACGGUUGUUUCUCCCAAAGAAGAGAACAAAGCAGCAGAACCACCACCACCUAAAAUUCCCAAAAUAGAGACCACUCACCCUCCAUUGCCUCCGGCCCACCCACCACCAGACCGGAAGCCUCCCCUCGCGGCUGCCUUAGGCGAGGCUGAGCCACCAGGCCCUGUGGAUGCCAGUGACCUCCCCAAAGUCCAGAUUCCUCCUCCGGCCCACCCGGCCCCUGUGCACCAGCCACCACCGCUGCCACACCGGCCACCACCGCCGCCACCCUCCAGCUACAUAACCGGGAUGUCCCCCACCAGCUCCUUCAUGUCCGGAGAGGGCUACCAGAGCCUGCAGUCCAUGAUGAAGACCGAGGGCCCCUCCUACAGCGCCCUGCCCCCUGCCUACGGGCCUCCAGCAGAGGCCCCUCGAGUAGCAGCUAGUGGCCCAAAUGGGGCCGCUGUGUGCUGGCUGCAGCCGCACCUGAAAUGCUCCCAGGGGCCAUGGCCCCCUGCCCAACGAGCCAUCGCCUGA